UUAAAGUAUUUGUUUAUUUUCAGUACGACAAAGAUUCCCACUCGGAAUGUUUUAGUGAUCUUUUAUUAUGCAACUCUCUCUCUCUCUCUCUCUCCCUCUCUCUCUCUCAUAAAGCAAAUGUGAUCAGACAAAAGCAUACAAAGAAUUGCAUUCAAAAAAGUUUUCUCUGCCAUCAAAUUUUCCUCUCUUCAUCCAACAAGAACACAUAGAUUUUUGUUUCUUUUCGAAUCUAGAGUCAAACCAAGAAAAGACGAAGAUAUCAGGUUUUGUUUCUGCUGAUUUAAGGAAAUCUAUGGAUACGGCUCAAUGGCCACAGAUUAGAUCAGUUGAUUCAUCUUACGCGCGGUACUUGAUUUAACUUAGAGUUUAAUGUUUCCGAAUCUUCUUCGUUGAUGUUUCUAUUCUCUUUAACAGGUUUUUUACAUAUUAAAUAUAUGUAUUUUUCCACUUUACCCUUUAUUAGUUUGCUUUUUCUUUUAUCUUUUUGGUUACAGUUUUUCUCAAAUUUUCAAUCAUUUAUGUCUUGAUGAAAACCAUUUAUUGUUCAUAAUUAAACUAUAUAUGUUAAUAAUAUUUUUACAUAUAUAAGUCUAUGUGUUGUGCUAAUGGUUGGAAGAGCUGCUUUUGUGAUUUUGAUGAUCAGGGGAUUGUAGUGAAGCCCUUGGAAGAAAUAGUAACAAACACAUGCCCAACGCCACAAGCGUCAGAGCCGCAACCACCACCAUCGGUUGGGGAGGCGGGUGGAGCUGAGAGGAAGACACGGCCAGAAAAGGACCAAGCUAUAAACUGUCCAAGAUGUAACUCAGUCAACACAAAGUUUUGUUACUACAACAAUUAUAGCUUGACGCAGCCAAGAUUCUUCUGCAAAGGUUGUCGAAGGUAUUGGACCGAAGGCGGUUCGCUUAGGAAUAUCCCCGUAGGUGGUGGCUCAAGAAAGAACAAGAGAUCUCAUUCUUCUUCAACUUCUUCUUCCUCUGAUAUUAGUAGAAAUCACUUGGAUUCUACACAACCAGCUACAAAGAAGCAUCACUCUGAUCAGCAUCAUCAUCACCACCUCAUUAGCAUAUCACAACAAGGGCUGACCGGUCAAAACCCUAAAAUCCUUGAGACGACUCAACAAGAUCUAGGUUUUUCACCACAUGGGUUGAUCAGGACCAACUUCACAGACCUCAUCCACAACAUUGGCAACAACAACACGAGCACUAACAAUCCAUUUCUUGGUUCUUCAUGUUCUGCCACGUCAGCUCUGGCAAUUUCCCCUCUGGAUCUCAUAAGAAACAACAAUGGUAAUAAUAGGAAUACUUCGAAUUCUUCAUUCAUGGGGUUUCCAGUUCAUAAUCAAGGGCCAACAUCUGAAGGGUUUUCAAUGCAAGAUCAUUACAAGCCUAGUAACUCAAACACCACACUGCUAGGUUUUUCAUUAGAUCAUCAUGAUGAUAAUAGUGGAUUCCACGGAGGAUUUCAAGGAGGAGAAGAAAGGGAAGAUGGUGAUGAUGUGAAUGGAAGGCACUUGUUUCCUUUUGAAGAUUUGAAAUUGCCAGUUUCUUCUUCUUCAGCAACAAUUAAUGUCGACGUUAAUGAUCAUCAGAAGCGAACAAGUGGUGGAGAUGCAGCUGCAACUUCCGGUGGAUAUUGGACUGGGAUGUUGAGUGGAGGUUCAUGGUGCUAAUUUUUCUCAGUUUGAUGAUGAAAAUAGUACUAUCAUUAAUGGUUAAUUAUUGAUAUUUUAUUAAUUAAUCUAUAUGUUCUCAAUUUCACUUUGAAUGUUCUUAUUGGUGGGUUUUCUUUUCUUAUUUUAUUAUUUUGGGAGUUAAUUUGGAUGUAAGGACGUUAUUGGGGGUGCAUGCAUAUUGAAUGCCUAAUUUGUUUUUGAGUUUUGUUAUGGCCACUGACACAGGUUAUAAAUGACACAUUGGCCGGUCUUUUGAUGUUC